UGAUUUUAAUGAGUCCACCAUCUUUGGGUUAUGUCUAAUUCUGAAGAUCAUCUCUCAGAGAGAGCUGGAGGGAGCAGCUCCUCAGAUCCUCUCUCAUCCCAUCCUUCUGAUCUCAGUCUUCCCAGCGCUCACUCUUUUCAUGAGUUAAAUUUCUUUCCUCUUGCCAGUCAUAGCAGUACUUACGGUCUCGUCUCAAUUAAUGUAGGCGGGGUCAACAAGUUGCUAGUGGCGACAGUCAGUGGAGAGAUUUAUCGGUUGGAAAUGGAUCGAAAAACUUUGCAAUCGUCUUGGAAGCAAAUUACCUUCUCGUAUAUACCUGCCGUAGCUGAAAUUAUUUCAUUGGAUGCAUUUGUUAUUGAUCCUAAUGGUGUGGUCGUGGGAGUGACUCUAAUUAAGCCUUCCAAACCUAAAGAUGUCUAUUUUAACAUUUACGGUCUUCACUGUGACCCGAACUCUAGUCUCAAUUGGGAGCAAAUAGCUGAGGACUGGACUCCAGUGUCCUUACAGUUCAUCCCUUACAAGUUACUCCACACAGAGAUAUAUAAUAAGGAUUCUUGGGACUUCGUAUUCCUUCUUCCUGGAAACGACCUCAAUGUUCAUAUCUAUCCCAAACAAGUGUUAUUUGAGGAAGAGGAUAGCCUCUUGAGGUUUCCUGAGUUCAAAGACCUGAGGAGUAACAUCACUGAUGUUGUGAUGGACACAAACAAGCUUGAAUUUAAGCGCAUCACUGCCUUUGGUUGCCAAAACGGAUAUAUUAGAUGCUCUUUUGUUGAUGCAUUAAAUAAUACUCUUCUUAAGUUUGUUGAUACUAACAGUCUUGAUGGCCCAAUGACAUCGGUUAAUUUAUUAUCGUCCUCUUUUGAAAACUUGCACCUGGUGGCCACCUCAGCAAUCCAGCCUGCUGUUGUCUAUAAAAAUGUGUUUGGCGGAGAGACAAUGGAUGAUUACAUUGUUCUAGAUCACUCUGAUAAAUUUGACAGCAUAAUCUGUUCAUCGCUGGGAGACAUUACAUGUAAUGGGUACAAGGAGCUGGUGAUUGGCACAUAUGGGAAAAUGAUACUUGUGUAUGGUUUUCAGAAUCAAAAAGACUUGCCUCAAGCUGAGCUCUUAUGGAAGAGAGGUUUAGCCCAUCCGGUACUAUCAGUCACCAUGUGUGAUGUAACUGGUGAUGGGUUGGAUGAGAUUAUCAUUCUCUCUACUGCUGGUGUUCACAUAUUGCAGCACGACUUGGAUCAAGUUUGUACUUUAUUUGUUACAAAACUAAUAGAAAUUAUUGGACACAAUCAGUAUAAUGGAUCCCGUGAAGCAAAUUGAGGUUUAUAAAAUUAUUUUCAUUUCAUUCCAUCAAUUCAUUGAAAUUUUAUACAUAAA